UCGUAGAGAAGUGUGUCAUUCCGAUUUUCAUGCCAGUAAUUACAUUAUUUCGAGCUACAAAUCGGUCGUUUAUAACGGAAAAAGGAUUAAUCGUUGUUCAUUAUUGGAUUACAAUUCAUAAAGCUGCUAUGGGUGAAUAAAAAUGGGCAAAACGGGGAGUAAACACGUGCAUAGAACGCGGUGUGAUUCCCUGGCUCCAUCAGAGUGCUUUCUUGUGAACGCGCACUUAAACAAAGCCUGGGAAGACCAGAUUUGGAAGAAAACAACCAAGACUGGUUACAACCUUGCCAACUACAACAUGAACCAGUCCAUGUCGGAACUGUCAAUUUGCCUGGAAGAUAAGCAAGACAACACAGACAAAAAGGACAACAACAGUGAUUCUAAUGUCCCUUUAAAAGUUGACUUGCCACCAGUUAAGUUGGAGAAUGGUUCGGGAAAAGUGUUCACCUUCGAUCAGUUAGAGGACCUUGAAAAGGCAGAUAAGCCGGCGUCCAGGCUAAAUAUAGAGGAAUUUGAAUGUGGUGUGCAUUUUGGGGGAGGAGAGAAUUCCAAGCAGGAGUGGUCUUUCACAUUGUAUGACUUUGAUGGACAUGGGAAAAUUACAAAAGAGGAUUUGGUUGGGCUUCUGAAAGCCCUCUACGAUGCCAUUGGCUCCUCCAUAAAGAUCCCAAAUAAUGGAACUAAGACCCUUAAACUGCGCCUCAGUGUUGGCCAGGAAACACAAAUGAAUGGGGACGCAAACCAAACAUCUCUGGGUAAGAGUGACAAACCAAACAAUCAAAAGGAGGAAAAAGAGGUGAAAACUACCCCAAAGAAAAAAGAUAGUGCCAAAGUGAAGGAAAGUGACCUUUCUAAGGCAAAAGAAAGUCCUAUUAGCAAAACUAAGGAAAAUAUUAAGCAAAAAGACUCUUCUCGAGCAAAAGUGAAGGAAAUUUCUCGACUGAACAAUUUGGUUGGAAGUAGAGGUGCUCCAAAGUGCAACAAUGAAACACAGGCUCAGAGCAAGAUGGCUGCCAAAGAGCGACUGGGUUCCCACAAACACAAGGAGCUGGUUAGUCUGGUGGAGGAAAAUAUGGAGCGCAACCAUGUGAAGCCUCUCAGACGUCACCAUAGCGAUUGCCGCGGUUGCCGGGUUGAGACUCCGCUCAAGAGGCAGCAGCGAUCAGCGCAGACAACAAACACGGCAAAAGACAACAACUCUAAGCAGAGGCAGACGACAAUCUCUGCUGCUACCAAGGGAGGUAAACCAGAGGAGGAUAACUCUCCUAAGGAGUGUCAGGACCGCAGAAAUUAUUACCUGGACUUGGCUGGUGUGGAAAAUAACUCCUCAAAAUUUCAGGACAGCCCGAAUGCAGCAUUAGAAAGUGAGAAAAAAACAGAAAUGAAUAACUCGCAUGUGAUUACCUCAACUUCUCAGUCAGUUAAACCUUUCUCAGCAUUAUCGCCGGGACACUUCUUUGUGCCGAGACAUUUUAGGUCAAGGUCGCAUGAAACCAAAGGUGAAAUGGUUCCAGAGGACACUUUACCUGACCAUUGCCAAUCACCCAAUGAUGAUGCCACACCUCGCGCGGAACACUUGCGGUCAAGAUCAUUUGAUCCGCAGGAUUCCAAAGUCAGCAAUAUCAGAGCAACUAGUGGAAAUCCUAAUUUUCUUACCAAAUCACACACUCAAAAGCAAUCACCUACUCAAAGGCAAUCACAGACUCAAAAUGGUGCGAAAUUUCGACCAGUCAGUUUGCCUGGCCAGAUUCCGGAAAUGGUUUCGCCACAUUAUCACCGUCGACAUCGGCAUCGAGACAAAAAUCAUGAUCUGGCAAUGCAGCAGGUAGCGGAGUGGAUAGAACAUCAACAGAUGGUGGAAUAUGAGGGCGAGAAUGUUGUGAUACAGCGCCAUGAGCAUCAUCACAUUCACGAGCACCACCACCACCAUCAUUACCACCACUACUAUGAGGCCUAGUGGUUCCACAAGCUGUGGCGUACAAUGUCAUACAAUCGGAAAGUGUUGUCCCUGAUCCCUAUCUUUGACGACACUUUUCGCACAUGCAUUAAAAGUUAAAACCAGAACUGUUAUCCCUUUACGGCUCAGAUACACACUAAGACACAUGUGUAGUACCUUAAACAAUAAAAUUAAUUUUUAGAUCUGUCUUACUAUAUUCAAGUUUUAAAAGCUUUAUUUCAAACACCAAGAUAAUGAUGAGUAUCAAACAGGCAAAGACCUGAACAAACUGCUAGUUACACGCAGGCUGCUCUCGAUUUUUUAUGCCUGUUGCAUAUAGCCAUAUUUACUUUUCUUCUGAGCGGGAAAGGGUAACGUUUAUUUAAAGCAAUUUUGUUGAUGUCAUCUUUAAAUUUCAAUACUUUAGAGUUCUCAGAGAUUUCAUAUGCAUUGUAACAUUGGGAAAAAUUUUAUGGACGAAUGUUAUUCAGACAUUUUCAAAUAUUAUUUAAACAUUUGUCUGUGACAAUAAUUUUUAUGUUGAGAUCAGUAACUGUGUUUGAUAUAUAAGUUAUGAUACAAAGCAGUGGCACAUGUGGAGUAGCAAAAUAUAAGUUCAUGGGCACUGACUAUAUAUUGUACAGUUAGGUUAGAGUUUGAAGCAACAGUGAUAGAGUUUCAUAUAUUUGUUGCUAGCUUAAAUCCACUCAAGCAUUCUUUUAGAGCAGUGAAAUGAAAAAAUAAAUAUUUUUUGAGGAUGUUAAUCUUACAUACAUGAUACCACCACAACUGUACACAGAACCUAUCCUCAGAUUUUUAUUAAUGUACAGGUAAUGAUGAGUUUUAUUCGACCUUGUCAUCUUUAACCCUUUACCACUUAGAAACGUAUUUUGACGCAUUUGUAGUCCCAUAGAAAGUUAAAUUUAAUUAAAGACCUUUCUUACUAGAUUCAAGUUUUAAAGGCUUCAUUUCCAAUCCUUCGAUACUUAUGAGCAGCAAACAGCAUAAACCUGAACAGACUGCAAGUAACUGGCAGGCUGUUCGGGUUUUAUGCUAUUUGCACAUAGCUGUUUUCAAUUUCUUCUGAGUUGGAAAGGGUUAAAGGACAUACAUGUCUUAAAGCUAGCUGGUCUCUAUCCUGUUUCUGUUGCAUAACAACGCUAUAUGGGCAAUGAGAAAGUAGGGAACUCUUGAAUAGUUGUUUGGGGGUUGUAACAAUAUUCCAUGCUGUAUUGUGAGUAAUAAGGGGGUGGGGACAAACUGUCCAGAGUUGAAUUAUUUUGUAAAUAAAUUAAUUUAAUUAAUGUAGGGGUAAUAAUAAUAUUUCUUUGGAAGUAAUCAGAAUGAUGGAUCAAUUACUGAUAAAUAUGAGCUGCACUCUGAUAAAACCAGGCUAAAUGUAUGUGAGCAGUCUGGUAUGGAGCAAACCAGACUAAAUGUAAGUGAGCAGUCUGGUAUGGAGCAA